AUGGGCUGUCAGACCUCGGAACUGAUACCUCGACCAUGCAGUCUGAACAAGAGGGCUCCACGAGCGUGUGAGGCAUGCCGAACAAGAAAAGUUCGUUGCGAUGUUACGAGGACGAAAAGUCCUUGUACAAAUUGCAAGCUUGAUGGCAAGACGUGUACGGUGCCCGUCAGCAAACGGCGGCAUCUAGGAGAUCGAAUCCUCGGUUCUUCCUUUGAUGGGAAAAAUCAUGAUCCUUCGGGUCCCAUAUGCGACGCAAUUAUCGACUUUGGAGAUCUCAAUCCAUCCCUGGAACCCAAGAGUGAUGGCGAAGCGGACCAUGUUAUGGGAGAUGUGUCGCCCGAGGUAUUCAAUAUCUCAGGCAAUGCAUUUACAAUCCCGGCUGAAAUCGAGAUUUCGGAGCACUUGGAAACGGAAAACGUGGUGGCAAGAAGUGAGAACUUUCUUGCAUCGUAUCCAUCUCCCACUCAGACUAUCUUAGGCGACCAUCAGGGCCAGUCUUUUUUACCUCCCUACCUAUCCCCACUGCCACAGACCAUGUCAGCGGAAGACUUGGAGUACCUUCAAAGCCGAGGAGCCUUCAACCUUCCCAACAAAGACACCCGAGACCUGUUGCUAUCGGCCUACACAAAAUGGGUGCACCCCUUCGCUCCCAUGCUUGACCUUUCCAGAAUUUUGACCGCAGUCCACAGUAAUGGAACAAAUGGUACCGUCAGUCUUCUUCUCUUCCAGUCCUUGAUUUUUGCUGCUGCCGCUUUCUUCAAUGCAGCAGACCUUGGACAUGGUGGCCCGAAGGCGACCAGGAUGGUCUUCUAUGAACGAGCCAGGAUCCUCCAUGAUUUCGACAUAGAAUCUGACCGGCUGGUCAUCGCACAGUCGGCCAUUUUACUCAGUUUCUGGGACGGGAGCUUGGAAAAAGUGCGCGAUAGCUAUUACUGGAUCGGAAUGGCUUCUCUGCAUGCGACAAGCAUUGGACUUCACUUUGAUACAGGAGUCAAAUCUCCUGAUCCAAGACGACAGCGCUCACUCAAGCUGACGUGGUGGUCGUUGCUUAUCCGAGAUCGAUUGGUCGCGGUGGCGAUGAGAAGGCCAGUACAAAACAAGGCCUUUCGCUUUGAUGUUCCAAUGCUACACAUGGACGACUUCGAGCUGGAAUCCCUCCUGGAGGUUGUACAAAAGACGUUGCAGAUAAAAGAUAUUGGAUUGACCCAGUUCGAACUUCUUGCCAGUUGUUGUAUGGCCCUCGCUCAGCUUUCCGAGUACAUUGACAAAAUCCUGUCAGUGCAAUAUUCCGCUCAAAAUGUUUCUGGUGCGAUUGGACAGCGCGCCGCGGUUGUCUCUCUCGUCCCGAAGUCGACAGGUUUCAGAUCUUCGGACAUUGCAAUCUGUGGCCAGGAACUACAAAACUGGUAUGGAUACUUACCAACAGAGAUACAACAAGUGCAACGAGAAAACAUCCGGAUCCAGACCAACUUGGAGCAUGAGGUAAUCAGAGUACACAAGGCUCUUUUGGCUGGGUACUAUUCAAUGACUCUUAUGACACUGUAUCGACCAUUGAUUCCGCCGUCAUCGACGGGAAAAACAGAUGCCAAGCUGCAAAGUCUUUCGGUGAAGAUGGUGUUCCAGGCAGCAAAGAGCAUCACAGACAUCUUCAGUGACCUAUAUGCCGACAAACUGAUAGCAUUCCUACCAGAGACCGCCAUCGCAGUGCUGGAGCCGGCAGUAGUCACUCACCUGCUCUAUAGUAUGUCCGACGUGGCAAAACUUCGAGAGACGAGCUUCCAAAAGUUUUACCUCUGUUGGAGAAUUCUCCUUCAAUUCGGAGAGUCAUACUAUCUCGCAGAUACGACCAUAUCAAUGUUGAAUGCUGCAGCACAAAGAUUGAAGGCGCACCCAGAUUUGAGAAGGUCGAAGCCUGCUGACUGCUCCUCACUCAUCGACGAAGUGUGCUCGAAUGAUAGCCAAGGGCCAAAACCGGCAAUUGCCGUUCCAUUCAUUGGAGUCGUCGGUGAUCAAAAGAGGGGAGAUGUCGGUACCGUAUCAGCUAUAGCUACUCCGGAUACAGACCGUGACCUCUUCCGGCCGCAGAUGGGCUCCAUCAAUGGCGGCCAAAGUAAUCAUGAUCUGGAAGCCAAUUGUGCGAUGGAUGGAAGUCCAUUUGAACAGCUCGUCUCUUGGGAUGCAUUCGAGGAGGGGUUUCAGUCUUGA